GAAGAAACGGUGGCCAGGAGGGGGCUCCGGGGACACUCCUGACCAUUCUGACGAAGAUGAAGCAGAAAGAGCGGGAGGUGCGACUGCUCAUGCUUGGCCUGCACAAUGCUAGGAAGACAACCAUCUUGAAGAAGUUCAAAGAGGAGGACAUCGACACGAUCUCCCCGACACUGGGCUUCAACAUCAAGACCCUGGAGCACUGAGGAUUCAAGCUGAACAUCUGGGAUGUGGGCGGCCAAAAGUCUCUGCGAUCCUACUGGCAGAACUACUUUGAGAGCACCGACGGCCUCAUCUGGGUGGUGGACAGCGUGGACCACCGGCACAUGCAGGACUGCCAGCAGGAGCUCCACAGCUUGCUGCUGGAGGAGCGCCUGGCCGGAGCAAUCCUCCUCAUCUUUGCCAACAAGCAGGACCUGCCUAGAGCACUGUCCUCUAACGCCAUCUGUGAGGCCCUGGAGCCAAACUCUAUCCACAGCCACCACUGGUGCAUCCAGGGCUACAGCGCCGUCACUGGAGAGAACCUGCUGCAGGGCACUGACUGGCUCCUGGAUGACAUUUCCAGCCGAAUCUUCACAGCUGAAUGAGCCACUUCAGAUGCCCGCCACCUAGCAGUCUAGGUUCCCCAACCCUCACCAAACACUAUCCACAGGGGGAUGGGAGUCAGACUAACACUCCCCCUCCUCCACCCCUAACCUGCUGCUGCUACUGCUGCCCGCUGCUGCUCUGUGGCGGGAGGGCUGUGCCCUGGCUGUCUCCCUUGCUCCUGACCUGGCCUUUGGCUGCCAUAUCAAGAAGAGAGGGCUAGGCGGGCAGAAGCUGCCUCUGCUGCUACCGAGGCUGUGGGCCUCAUCCUUUGCUCAGCUGUGAAAUAAAUCACUCCUUGUCC